AUGAGUUCUAAAUCAGCAGCAGCCAUCUUACAACGACAAUUCAAAGAUUUAACUGAUCCUAAAAAGGGUAUUCCAUCUUUCCAUAUUGAAUUAGAUGAUGAUAAUAUCUUUUUAUGGAAUAUUGGAAUAAUGGUUUUAAAUCCAGAUUCAAUUUAUCAUGGAGGUUAUUUUAAAGGACAAAUGAGAUUCCCUAGUGAUUUCCCAUUCUCACCACCAACUUUUAGAUUUACUCCAGCAAUAUAUCAUCCAAAUAUUUAUCGAGAUGGUAGAUUAUGUAUUUCUAUUUUACAUCAAGGAGGAGAUCCAACAAGUGAUGAACCAGAUAGUGAAACUUGGACACCAGCACAAACAGUUGAAAGUGUUCUUAUUUCAAUUAUUUCCCUUUUAGAAGAUCCAAAUGUUUCAAGUCCUGCUAAUAUUGAUGCAUCAGUUGAAUUUAGAAAGAAUCCGGAAGAAUAUAAUAAAAAAGUAUUAAAAGAAGUUGAAAGAUCAAAAGCUGAUAUUCCUGAAGAUUUCAUUAUGCCAGAUUCUGAACAUAGUGCUUAUGGUAAUCAUCAUGCUAAAAAUAGAGAAGUAAUUGAAGAACCUGUAGAUGAAGAUUUUUGGUAUGAAAGUGAAGAUGAAGAAAGCUUUGAUGAAGAAAGCUUAAUGGAUGAUAUGGAAGAUCAUGAUGAUGACGAUGAAGAAGAAGAAGAUGACGAAGAUGUUGACAUGGGUGGGAAAUAA